AUGACUGCUCCUGCUAUUCGAAUUGACGGCAUCGUCAACCCCGCCGCUCCACCUCAUCCCGAACUGAUCAUGGCUGAGGGUGCCCCUUCAAUUGCGCCCUCAUUGACUUACUCAGACGACUCAGACUCACAAGAAGAUGAGCCCGUCAUCCCUCUCGAGCGCCGUCGUCGCGCAUCUACACGUCUGAUUGCCCAGAAUGCCAGAGACAUUCAGCGAAUCACUGGUGAGACACCAGCUGAGUAUAUGGAUCGCUGCUGUGGUGGCGCUUGCUGCAUGGGUGACCGAAAUAAUGUCGAGUAUGAGCAAGUUACUCUACCUGAUAACGAUGCUUUCAAGUCUCUCGGUCUAAGACUUGAAAACAUUCCCACCAACUUGACUGGCAUCAUCGAUAUGCCUGAGCAAACUGUGUCUUUCACCUCAAUCCCUCGGCCAACUUCUUCGCCAUCCGACUCGGCCAUCUCUCUCGGCUCCGACUCUGAGUCGUCGUCUACAGCCACUACUUCCAAGAGCAACUACCUCGUUCCUGGACCUGGAUAUGAGGGUGUUGACACCUCAAUUCAACCCCCUCGCUUUGUUCAACCUCAUCCUCCCCACAAUGUCUAUCCGGCGAGGAUCCACAACACCCGUGAGCUCACCAAGCCUGGCGCCGAGAAAAGAACCUUCCACUUUGAUCUCGACAUUACCGACUACCCUCCUGAGGAGGUUUUCGACUUCAAGGUUGGUGGUGCCAUUGGUGUCAUGGCUCCCAACGAUGAGAUUUCGGUCGAUGAGAUUCUGGAUGCCCUCAUGAUCCCACGCUUCCAGCGUGAUAAGCCUGUCCUCAUGAAGACCACCAAGGGCCGCUGGCCUACCGUGUGGGGUGAUGACAAGCCUCGUGAGCUCGUCACCACACGUCGCGAGCUCCUUACUUGGACCACCGAUAUUCAAUCUUAUGCCCCAACCAAGGAGCUCCUCCGUGUCAUUGCGGAGCAUGCCACUGCUCCUAACGAGAAGAAGAUACUCAUGUAUCUCUGCUCCAACGAGGGUGCUAGCAUUUUCUCCGACUUCCGUGGUGGCCCUCACGUCACUCUCUCACAGAUCCUCAACGCGUUCCCCAGCUCGCAUCCUCCUAUGGAUCAGCUCCUGUCCGUCCAAGCUCAACUCAUGCCACGAUUCUACUCUCUCUCCAACGAUCCCACGGAAUCAUACACUCUCCGAGAACAUGCUCAACGCCGCUUAAUUGAGAUUGCCGUCACAGUCCACGACUCCAUGGAUUGGCGACGUGGCUGCCGUGCUGGCGUCGGCUCUGGAUUCUUUGAGCGACAGGCCCACAAGUUUAUGCGAGCUCAAGCUGCUGGCGAACGUUCCCCUCAGAUCUUCAUUCCAAUGUUCAAGGGCCUGAUGGCCAACCCUCUGGCUAAGCAAUUCAACUCGGAUGGUCCCAUGCUCCUGAUUGGUGCUGGUGUUGGUAUUGCCCCUUUCCGUGGCUUCGUCCAGCGCCGCCUCAAGCAGGCCAACUGUGCCAAUAAAGUCUGGGUCCUGCAAGGUAUCCGGGACUCGCUUGUAGAUGAGAUCUACAGUGGUGAGUGGGGUGUUCAUGAGGAAGAAGUGAAGCGUGUUGUCCAGAGUCGAGUGGGUACCGGCAAGUAUGUUCAGGAAGAGGUUAUGAACCAGUCUGAUCUGGUCUGGUACAUCAUAAACUCUCUGGAUGGUCGAAUCUUCGUGUGCGGAAGCAGCAAAGGCAUGGGCGAAGGUGUCGAAGAGGCUCUUUGCGAUGUGGCCAUGGAGAAGGGCAACCUUGAGCGCGAGGAGGCCCGCAACUUCUGGAAGCUCAAGAAGGAAGAGGGCAAGUACAUCUCCGAGACAUGGUAG